AUGGCUGCGUCUCCGCCAAUUUCUCCCCUGGCCUCCGGGCCAACCAUCAAGAUCGCAGAGGGCGCCCAUCCAAACCAGCUGCAGCGCUCCGACUCUGAGCAGCGGUUCCGGCCCCUGCAGCCCACGGACACCACCGGGCUCGCGGGUGGCAUCUACAACACUCGAGAGCUCUCGCGCGUCGCCACCCACAGGAGCUCGCGCAGGAUCUCCUUCGACCGCCACUCCGAGGCCGUCGACGUCGAGGAGGGCGACAACUGGCGGGACAGCGAGCAGCCCAAGGUCAAGCAGGUCUACCGCGGCAAGACACUCCUCUGGCUUGCGUACCAGUCCGUCGGCGCCAUCUAUGGUGACAUCGGAACCAGUCCUCUCUAUGUGUUCUCGUCGACGUUCACGGCAGCUCCGAACUAUGACUCUGUUGUGCAGGUCUUGUCGCUCAUUAUCUGGUCGCUUACUAUUAUGGUGACGUUCAAAUAUAUUUUCAUCGUACUGAGAGCCGAUAAUGAGGGCGAGGGUGGCACCUUUAGCUGCUACUCGCUUCUGACCCGAUUUGCCAACAUCACAGCUCGUGACCCGAGGGAAGAGCCAUUGGUGCACAUGGAAAGACACCAGACCGGAAACCUGCGGCCAGGAAACCUCGGCGUGCGCUCCCUCCUGGAAAGGAGCAGAUUCUUCCGCGGCCUGCUCAAGACAAUCGGCGUCCUGGCCGUGUCCAUGGUCCUCUCCGACGGCGUCCUGACACCAGCACAGUCCGUCCUCGGCGCAGUCCAGGGUCUCAACGUUGUCAGCCCAAACAUCACAAGCUCCACGGUCGUGGGGACGUCGUGCGGCAUCAUCAUAGUCCUAUUCUUGAUCCAGCCCCUGGGCCUGUCGCGCCUCGCGUCGGCCUUCGCGCCGAUCGUCAUCGUUUGGCUGGCCUUCAACGCCGGGUUCGGCAUCUACAAUCUCGUCAAUUUCGACCACAGUGUCCUCAAGGCCUUCAACCCGGCCCACGCGAUCCAAUUCUUCAUCCAGAACAAGACUGAGGGCUGGAAGAUGCUCGGCGGCGUCCUGCUAGCCUUUACCGGUGUCGAGGCCCUCUUCGCUGACCUGGGCGCAUUCUCCAUGCGCGCCAUUCAGUUGAGCUGGCUGUGCUGGACGUACCCGUGCCUCUUGCUGGCGUAUAUCGGCCAGGCGGCGUAUAUCAGUGUCCACCCUGAUGCGUACUCGAACCCGUUUUACAACUCGGUUCCGCCCGGGAUGUUGUAUCCGUCGCUGGUCGUGGCUGUCCUGGCGGCUAUUGUGGCCUCCCAGGCUAUCAUCACUGCUACAUUCCAGCUUAUCGCCCAAAUCAUGAAACUGUCGUACUGCCCGCAAGUGAAGGUUGUGCACACCUCCAAGACUUUCCAAGGGCAGCUCUACGUCCCAUUGCUGAACUGGCUGCUCAUGUGCGGCACUAUCCUUGUCACUGCUGUGUACUCUAACACGACACGUCUCGGCAACGCAUACGGUGUUUGCGUCAUGUUCGUCACGUUCUUCGACACGUGUAUGGUCACCCUCGUGGCGCUGAUCGUGUGGCGCAUCCGGCCGUACCUUGUCGUUCUGCCGUGGCUGGUCUUCGCCUCGGUGGAUGGCCUGUACCUGUCCUCUGCCCUUAACAAGGUGCCAGAUGGAGCUUGGUUCACCCUUACCAUCUCAGCAAUCAUGACCGGCCUGUUUAUGCUGUGGAGAUUCGGAAAGGAGUCGCAGUGGAAGGCAGAGGCGGAGGACCGCUUCCGCCUCAACCACCUGGUCACCAAGGACGACGAGGGCAAGCUGAAGCUCACGCAGCGGUGGGGCGGCGACCAGCUGUCGCAGAUCCGCGGGCUGGGCAUCUUCUUCGACAAGACGGGCGUGAUGACGCCCGCCGUCUUUACCCAGUUCGCAAGCAAGUUCAACGCGGUAAUGGACGUGACCGUCUUCUGGCACCUACACCCCGUCGAGGCGCCGACGGUACCCGACAACGAGCGCUACUCCGUCUCCAAGUUCACCACCAUCCCGGGCUGCUACCGGCUCGUGGUCAAGCACGGCUUCAUGGACGAGGUCAUGUCGCCGGAUCUCGCGGCCCUCAUCUACGAGAAGGUGCGCUCCUUCGUGAUCCGCCAGGCCACGCGCAACGAGGAGAUCCGCCACGAGGACCCCUCGCUCUCGGGCGACGGCGGCUCCCAGGCCACGCAGCGCAGCGGCAUCGAGAACGUCGAGGGCGUCCCCAUGUCCGAGGCCGCCACCAUCGACGUCGCCAGCGCGAACGCCACCGGCGCCGAGAUCACCGCCGCGCCGUCGAAUAAUGGCUCAAGCGGUGGCAAUGGCCCCCGCGAGAGGCACAUCUCCGAGAAGCUGCCCAUCGAGCUGCGCGAUGAGGCUGUUGCGGCCGAGCUGGCGCGCCUGGACCGUGCGUAUGCGGCUAAGAUCAUGUAUGUUGUUGGCAAGGGCCAGAUGCGCAUCCGGACCGGGACGCCUAUCUUUAGGAAGGUUGUGCUGGGGACGUUCCUCUGGAUUAGGGACAACACGAGGGCUAAGAUUGCGAAUCUGCGCCUGGCUAUGGAUCGUGUUGUGGAGGUUGGGUUCGUUAAGGAGAUUUGA